UGUUUCUCUUCAAUUAAAAAGUGAAGAGGAAAUCCAGGAGCGCACGAAAAGCACCUAUCGCCUACUGGGUCUAAAUAAUUGUCCUUGUUGACCCUUCUUCCUCGUUCUUUCUCCGCUCUAAUUUACUCCCUGAGUUUUUCUCCGUAUAGGUUAUGGAGGGAAGAAUUUUGUUAAAGGGUGUUAUUUUUAUGUGCUUAAUUGCCUGUUCAACUGCUAGAGAAAUCAAAGUGAAGGAUCAAGGGGCAAUCUACAAUCACACUCUUGCCACCAUAUUGGUGGAAUAUGCUGCAUCGGUCUAUGUGUCAGAUUUGACUGAACUAUUUACUUGGACAUGCCCAAAAUGUAAUGAUUUGACGAAGGGGUUUCAAAUUUUAGAGCUCAUUGUUGAUGUGAGGCGAUGUCUACAGGCAUUUGUGGGGGUGGCUCCAAAUCUUAAUGCCAUUGUAAUUGCUUUCCGAGGCACUCAGGGAACCAGCAUACAGAAUUGGAUAGCAGAUCUAUACUGGAAGCAGCUUGAUAUAGAAUAUCCUGGAAUGGAAGAUGCAAUGGUGCAUCAUGGAUUUUAUUCUGCUUACCACAACACAACAUUUCGCCCUGGAGUGCUAAGUGCUGUUGAAAGUGCAAAAGAACAGUAUGGAGACAUUCCCAUUAUGGUGACAGGACAUUCAAUGGGAGGGGCCAUGGCUGCUUUUUGUGGAUUGGAUCUCACAGUAAAUUAUGGCUCGCGGAAUGUUUCAGUUAUGACAUUUGGACAACCUCGAAUAGGGAAUGCUGCAUUUGCGUCCUACUAUAGCAAAUGGGUGCCAAAUACAAUUUGGGUCACACAUGAACAUGAUAUUGUCCCUCAUUUGCCCCCGUACUAUUACUAUUUCCCUCAGAAAACUUAUCAUCAUUUUCCUAGGGAGGUGUGGCUCCAUAACCUAGGUUUUGGACUUCUUUCUUAUACAGUCGAAAAGGUCUGUGAUGAUUCUGGGGAAGACCCUUCUUGUAGCAGGUAA